AAUACCUGCACCCAGAUUGAAGAGUUACAUUCAUCGUGGGGUUUCUGUCCCAAAUCAUUGCCAACAUGAAGAAGGUAUUGUGCAGUCUUGCAGUCUGCCUCUUAAUCUUUCGACCGACACAUGCCGGUCCCUUGGAAAGCGACGUUUCCAUCAACGAAGAGGCCACGAGGGAACUGGAAGAGCUCCUGCCCAACAGCUGCAGCAUUUGUUUUGGAACUCGAGGCCCACGAGGCCCUCCUGGAAAGGAUGGAUGUGCCGGACCACAAGGUGUGCCAGGCAACCCGGGCAGUAUCGGUCCUGCUGGACCACUGGGCCCAGCUGGCUCACCUGGCCCAGCUGGGAGCGCUGGACCUCCUGGACCAGCUGGUCCCCCUGGCAACAACGGCCUGAGAGGGGAACCAGGCAACACUGGUCCUCCUGGACCCCCUGGGAAUCCUGGAACCCCAGCCGCAACAAACCGCAUCUCUUGUACUAACGUCUCCAGCAGAGGUGCCACCACGAGUUGCCCCACAGGGUACAUCGUGUUGUCGUGUUCAUGUGGAAGCGCGUGUGGUUCGUGGGACAUCCCAAACGACAGCACGUGUCACUGCCAGUGCAAUAACAUCGACUGGACAUCGGCGCGGUGCUGUCAGCUGGCUUGAGACGGAUCGGCGGUGCAGAUGGGAGAACAAUAAUUGACCGGAUACUUCAACUAUCUUUUUUUCCUUGGAACCGAAUGCAGCAUAUUACAAAUGCAGAGAGCAUCUAUUUUCACCAAGUAUAGUGCACAGAUGUAAUCUCACGAGACAUUUUUGCUUCUCAAUUUUGUCUGCAAACCUCUGAAGUGACGUCGUUUAUAUUUCACAUGUGUUUAUGAAUUAAAAAAAGUACAUAGCAAAGUGUUGAACUUGACUACACAGAUUUAUCUGUUGGUGCAUUAAAACGUCUUUCUAUAUAUAUUUUAAUCAAUCAAAUAAUAAAAAAAUCUGGAUUUUGUAACAUACCUGUCAACCCCUAUCAGUGCCUACCUUAUUACAGAACAAUUUAGACCUUAUUGGUCACACAGUGCCCUUAUAAAUCUCAACGUUCAUCCGACAAAGUUCCAUCACAAGGGAGAAACACAAACAGAUAUACAAUCACCACUAGUACUCUCACCACUAGUACACUCACUACUGCAAACCUGUCAACCCCUAAUCAGUGCCUCCUACCUUAUAACAGAUCCAUUCAGACCUUAUUGGUCACCCCGUGCCCUUAUAAAUAUAAAAAAAAAACAUUUAUCCUACAAAGUUCCAUCACAAGGGAGAAACACAAACAAAUAGACAACAAAAUGUCCGUAUUUAAAUGGCUGCACGCCGUAUGGACCAGAAAACUCAAUUUCUCUGACAAGAAUACGGGUAAAUCGGUUGGGUUGACACGGUAUGUUGUAAAUACAUAUGCUGAUUUUGGUGAAGCUCAUUUCUUUUCAGAUAAAUGGCAUUUUGCUUUUUCGUAAUAAAUGGUUGUUGAUGUUA